CAGCACCGGGUCCCCGAUAGGCGGGUGGCGGGAUGGGGUCGGUGGCGGCCUUGGGAGCAGAGCUGGGAGCAGAGCUGGCCGUGCGGGUCCUGCUCUUUGUCGCCUUCCUGGUGACCGAGCUGCUCCCUCCCUUCCACCGGCGGAUCCAGCCCGAGGAGUUGUGGCUCUACCGGAACCCGUAUGUGGAGGCGGAAUACUUCCCCACAGGCCCCAUGUUUACCAUUGCAUUUCUCACUCCACUGACCCUGAUCCUCCUGGCCAAAUUUCUUAAGAAAGCUGACACCACCGACAGCAAGCAAGCCUGCCUCGCUGCUAGCCUUGCCCUAGCUCUGAAUGGUGUCUUUACCAACACAAUAAAACUGAUAGUGGGGAGACCACGCCCAGAUUUCUUCUACCGGUGCUUCCCUGAUGGGCUGGCCCGUUCUGACCUGGCCUGCACAGGGGACGAGGACGUGGUGAAUGAGGGUCGGAAGAGCUUCCCCAGUGGACACUCUUCCUUUGCAUUUGCUGGUCUGGCCUUUGCUUCCUUCUACCUGGCAGGGAAGCUACACUGCUUUACACCAGAAGGCCGAGGGAAAUCCUGGAGGCUCUGCGCCUUCCUGUCGCCUCUACUCCUUGCAGCUGUCAUUGCGCUGUCCCGCACGUGUGACUACAGGCACCACUGGCAAGAUGUACUAGUUGGGUCCAUGAUUGGAAUAACAUUUGCCUACCUCUGCUACAGACAGUACUAUCCUCCUCUAACUGAUGUAGAAUGCCACAAACCAUUUCAGGACAAGCACAAGCUCCCCUCUUCACACAAGAAGUCCAGUGACUCUCACCGCCUGGAUAUCUAGCUGAACCUACUACCUCAGUGGAGAACAAACAAAUCAGUGAGCCAAGAAUUUCUGGCUCUUACCUCUUCCAAGGUAAAAGUGAGGGCAUGGCCACACUGUACACCUGCUUCCACAGGACUGUGCACUUUGCCCCACUUCCAAGGCUAGACCCUAAGGAUUCUCUGCCUGGCGCCUGUUCUGGCAAGGGGCUCUUCCGGGAGUUCUCUCUCUGGGCCAUAAGACUGGUGUUCCAAGACCUAGGAUCUUUACAUAUAUGUAACUGUCACUCGAGAGCUUUUCACAAAAGGGACUUUAUCCUGAAGACUUUAUUGCCAAAUUUAAUCUCUGUCCCUUAUAAAUAAGGGCAGUGCCAGUAAAACAUUGUUUACUUUUUUGUGGUCACAUUCCAUUAAGCCUUAAAUAAUAAAACUGCCAAUUUUAGCUAGUUUUUACUUCAUCAGGAAAGAAACUUUACAGGUGUUAUCUGGAAGAUAAAUGCAUCUUUCUCUGCAUUUUGUUCACAAAGAAAUACAUGGAACAACUAUAGGCUAGCAUCAGAACUUGCUACGGAGGACCACCUAAUAGCUACCUUUUUUGUUAUAUUUUAAAUAAAAUUUUGUCUUAUGUAUAUCUUCCUACAGCAUUUUCUUUUUUUUGUUUGAUUUUUGAGACAGGGUUUCUCUUUGUAGCUCUGGCUGUCCUGGAAUUCACUCUGUAGAUCAGGCUGGUCUUGAACUCAAGAGAUCUGCCUCCCCGUCUCCUGAUUGCUGACCUAAAGGAGUGUGUCAACGCGGCCAGCUGUUAACAUACUCUUAAAUAUAUUUUCAGUGCAUCUGACAGUGAAAUAGAAGUGUGCUUGGGUUUUCGUACCUAAGGACUAUUCAGGAUCUAGGAGAUCAACACUGGACUCUUCAUCUGAUCCGUGUGAGUAACUGUAGCGUCUGUUCUCAAGCUAGUCUGUAUGGAUCCUAAAGGACAGGCUGUUUUCUGUAUUUACAGACAUACUUAUAAUAUUUGCUACACCUUAAAUUCGGAGCUGUAUCUCUCCAUGACAAUGAAAACAUUAGUCAAGGGAAAAUAACUUACAUAUUAGCUACUUACCUAAAAUUUUUGUUUGGAAUUUAACAUAAGAAAAGAGAAAAUAAUGGGCGGUAGUGGCGCACGCCUUUAAUCCCAGCACUCGGAGGCAGAGCGAGGCGGAUCUCAGUGAGUUCGAGGCCAGCCUGGUGGAGUUCGAGGACAGGCAGGGCUGUU